AUGCGAGCAGAAGACGUAAAGAAGUUUGUAAAUGACCAACUUCGAGGCUUAAAGAUUGGCAAAGAUUUCGAAGAUGCUUUAUGUAGGGAGGUGGACCAAGCAAACUCUAUGCCUUUCGCAGCCGAAAUAGAGCAGGUUGCUCUGCCGAAGCGAUUCUCAACUCUUUUGUUCACGCAUUUCAAAGGGGAUUCUGAUCCUGAAAGCCAUCUAAGGCACUUCAAAAGUGUCAUGAUUCGCUACAAAGCCAACGACGCACUAAUGUGCAAGGAACACACUACUUACCGGAAGAUUAAGAAGAAUCCUAGCCACCUAUUCAACCUGCGUAAGAAGUCCGAUGAAUCAUUUCGAGAUUACAUCAAGAUAUUCAAAGCAGAAAAGGCCAACAUUGUAGGUUGCGAUGAUCAAAUCACGUCCUUUGCUUUCAAGAAAGGUCUUCCAAUUGAGCACGACUUAUACUGCGAGCUGACUAUCACUCACUGCCAUACUCUAGCAGAGGUCUUCGAGACUGCAGAACACUACGCACUUCGGGAUGAGGAUCGAAUCGCCGCGAAGAAGUCUACCAAGUAG